AUGGGGCCUGGGCAUGCGGCCAUUUUCAUUCCGCUCAUGGAUUUGACAGUCAGCUCGGUGCGCUGCAGCGCAGAGGAGCUGAAGCAAGUGCAGAGCUGUAUUGCGGCAUGUUUCACUGAUGUGUCCCAAGAAGAUGCUUGCAAAGAAUUUGAGCUGACUCUGAAACGCUUUGCCAGCGGGCCGCUCUUGCGCAAGGCUGCGUUUCAUGGCGACAGAGCCUUCAUCAGGGAAGGCUGCCAAACUCCAGGCAUACAGAUCACCGCUAAAAGACAUCAAGGGGGCUUGGCGGAGAUGGCCGUGCACAUAUCGGCUGCCUCUGGCGAUGUACAGCGCCUGCAGACCUGCCUUGACCUGAAGGCAGAUCUAAACACUGAGGAUGACAUGCGGGGACGGCCUUUGCAUUACGCUGCCCUUGCAGGCUGCGCGCCGGCCAUUCAGGUUUUGCUCCGGGCCAAUGCUGACCCAACGGCUCGCUCUGGGGUCAAAACGGAGUUGAUUCCGGACCUACUUGGCAGCGCAAAGCAUUUUUGGAGUGGAAGCUAG